CAAACACACCCUAUCGGCCAACGCGAAACCCAUGAGCAAUGAGAUCGCACAGAAGCCUCCCCCUUCCAUGCUCGUUGACAGGUUCAAGGCUAUGCUCAAGCAGCGCGACGACGAGCUCAGGGCCACCGCCGGUCACGUGUCCCCUCCGUCUACGGAAGAAAUCGUUCAGCUGUACGAGAUGCUGCUGUCGGAGCUCACGUCCAAUCAGAAGCUCAUUAUCAACGAUCUCACCUUCAUCGCUGUGCACCAGAGUGAGCAUGCCAGGGGCAUCGCCGACGCUAUCUGCGCUCGGAUUCUCAAGGUGCCUGCAGAGCAAAAGCUUCCUUCACUCUAUCUCUUGGACAGUAUAGUGAAGAACUUUGGAGAGGAAUAUGUUGAAUACUUUGCAUUACGCCUGCCCGAAGUUUUCUGUGAGGCAUACAGGCAGGUUCAGCCUCAUUUGCACCCUGCUAUGCACCAUCUCUUUGGCACCUGGUCAGAAGUCUUUCCACCGUCUGCCCUACGCAAGAUUGAAGCUGAGUUGCAACUUUCUCAAGUAACUGCGGCAGUUGGAGCGCUCAACUGUGGAUAGAGUAAGCUUUUCGAUUACAUCUCUGUCUUUGAUACAAAAAUUGUCCAGGGGCUAGUCUGACACUUGUUUUUAUCAGCUUAUUCCCCAAGGUUGUAAUUUUUAUAGAGCUGUUUUUUGUACACGUUACCCCAAUCAGAGUAAAUUUUUGUGACAAAUAUGACAGACUCGCAAUUUUUGUGAGACCAGAAGUUACCAUGACCCUUCUGAGUGGAAGCCUUACCCUUAGGGUAUUCAAAUUUCUUUUUGUAAGGACACAAGAUAAUAAGAAAUGAUAACAGACUCGCAAUUAUAUC